AUGGCUCGCAGCAAAGAACUCGUACCCGGCGUCGGCCGCCUCUCUCGCUCGCAGGUCUUUGCCCGCCGCGCACUCUACAAGGGCAUCAAGAAAACUGAGAAGCCGGCUGCCACCGAGGCAGCAACAACAAAGGAGGUACAGGUCGGCGGCGAGAAGAACAGCGCGAAGCGUCUCGUGCCCACUUCGAAAGCACCUCGAUUCUAUCCCGCCGAGGAUGUUCGUCAACCCAAGAAGAGCCGUAAAUCGCCAAAGCCGACGAAGCUGCGCUCGUCCAUCACGCCUGGCACUGUCCUCAUCUUGUUGGCGGGCCGUUUCCGGGGCAAGCGCGUGGUGUUCUUGAAGCAGUUGUCAAGCGGGUUGUUGUUGGUUACGGGACCAUACAAGGUCAACGGCGUGCCCCUCCGUCGGGUGAACCAGGCGUAUGUUAUUGCAACCUCGACCAAGCUUGACCUCGGAGACUUCAAAGUCGACGAGAAAAUUAGCGACUCAUACUUCGCGAAACCUACCGCCAAGGGACAUCGGUCAGCGGAGGCUGAAUUCUUCUCGGAGGGCAAACCCAAAGAGAAGGAAGCAUUCCCCGAGUCGAAGUCUAGCGAUCAAAAGGCGGUUGACGCCGCCGUCAUUGCUGCUGUCAAGAAGACCGAGAGCCUCAACAAGUACCUCAAGGCGAAUGGAUUCCUGGACUUAGCCAUUGCGUUGCCACUGCCGCCCAUUCUACCUCCUUACUCCACGACUAUCAUUGUCGUCACGGUUGUGAGCCGCCUGUUCUUCACCGUCCCCUUCUCUGUCUGGGCUAAGAAUCGACAAUGGCGGGUGGAGAAUUUAGUCAAUCCACAACUCCGUCAAGAGAUAUCCCAGCUGCAAAAGAAGGCGGUUCAGGACAUGCGCCAUGAUGGAUUUCGUGGGGACAGAGAUGCAGCGCUGGCAGAAGUGAACAAAAGGAGCAACAUUCUACUCAAGGCUCGCAGAACUGAGCUCCUGAAAACGCAUCGAUGUUCAUCUUUUUUGACCAUGCUUGUGCCGCCCCUGACGCAACUACCGCUGUUUGUUGGCUUUAGCCUGGUACUCAACAAUGCCUCACAAUCGCCCUCUGUGCUGGACAGCGAGUCAUUCCUGACACUAACUUCUCUGUCACAUUCUGAUCCUACGGCAACGCUGCCAAUCGUGCUUGGAUUGAUAACACUUGCUAAUGUGGAAACUGCACGAUGGUUUGCGGGCGCUGCUGCUCUCGAGCGCGAAAAGAAGGUUGAAAAAUGGGCUGCGGAUCGCCGUGCUAAGGGCGAAACAGUUGUAGAGCCUAGGAAAGUUGUUCAAGCUAGUUUGAGAGCGCUUUCCGUGGCUCGUAUCUUGAUAGCGUCUGUAGUCCCCGGGAGCAUUCAAGUCUAUUGGGUCGUAUCGGCUGGGUUUGGUUUAGUCCAAUCAUGGACUUUGGAUUGGUGGCACGCUAGGCGAACACAGGCUCGUCAUGAAACGCCUGCAGGUCCCUCACAGUCGACUUCAUGA